CUCACAAACACUGCCUGGCCUCGCCUGGAUAAAUAACUUAAUAUAUAGUGAUACAGUCUCGGAUUCCUUGAAUCUUCUUUAGGAAAAAAACUUCUUUUUUUGUGUUUAAUUCAGAAACUUUGCAGCAUGUGCGGGUGGUACCCAAACUUGAGCUGGAUCCCCAUGUUUCUCGGCUGCCUGACGGUGGUUACAUUCUUUGUCUCGUACGCCAUCGCCAUCUAUGAAGGAGAUGUCGCAGCAUAUUUCCCGUACAUCAGCGACACUGGAGCUAACACUCCAGAGAGUUGUAUUUUUGGUGAAUUUCUCAACAUUGCUGCUUUUUUAGCCUUCAUCACAAUUUUCAUCCGGUUCAAACUGGUUAGUUCGUUCACCCGAGACACGAUUCGAUCAGUGAAGAUUUUGAACGUAAUUGGUAUGGUUAUUGGUGCUAUCUCAAGUUUCGGGCUUACAAUGGUCGCUAACUUUCAGGACAAUAAGAUCGAAGUUGUCCACAUCAUCGGUGCCUCGUUCGUUUUCGGCCUGGGUGUUGCCUACACCUGGGUCCAGGUUGCCAUCUCAUUCCUCAUGUACCCGGAUUACAACGCGCUCACUAUAUGUGUUGUGAGGGCUGUCAUGUCAUGCAUCUCUACGAUCAGUAUGGUCAUGGCUUUCAUAACUGCUAUUAUAGCCAAUCAUGAAUGGUUUAGCUCAGGUUCUCAUGAUCAUUCCCGGUCGGUAUGGAAACCAACAGAUCCUGGUUUCGAUGAGCACAUCGUCAGCACAUUCAGUGAGUGGGUCAUGGCCAUUGCAUUCGUCCUUUACUUCUUCACCUUCAUCCGCGACUUCCAGAAGAUCAAACUCAAGGUCACCGUCGAUCCGUUAGUGCAGCAUCUCGGCGAGGCACCCCCACCAAGGAACGUUGCGCCUGCAGCAAACGAAACGAGUGGCCUGCUGGCCCAUGCAUGAUGAAUCUCUAGACUUGCUUAUACAGCUUUCAUAGGGCAGACUUUCUUUUUAGGUGGGACUAUAGGCAGGAGCUCGGUGGUCAAAUUCAAGGUCUAAAGUUGACGAAUAUGCACAUAGGGUACUGGGUCAUGUUUGACUCAGGGAUGAAUAUAUUCUUUGUACAAGUCUAAUUAGUUUUGAUGUACUGCGAGGUACGAUAUUCCUAUAUGCGCCUUUUGUCUCAUUCAAUUUGACCUACCUGGCUCAUGGCUAUAUAGUGUCCCAUUAAAGGAGUACUUCUCAGUUGUGACAUAGCAUCCAUAUAUCGCUAAACUGCAUGCAAAUAAACUCACGCUGUUAGUGUGCUGAUAUGUUUGAUUUUGGUGUCCAAUAAUAUGCAACUGGAGAUGUAUUAAAGCUCUUCCUAUAUCAUCUACUGUAGGCCCUAACAUUUUUGUGACCUGACUCAUUUACGGCUGGCUGCUAGUAGAUCACAAAACUUAACAACGUUCAUGUAUAUCUUGCGACAGGUCGUUUCAUGCAUAAUGAGGUUGCUAUGACCACAAAAUAUAAUUGCUUGGCAUUAUGUGCCCAUUGACCAAGAUGCAUCACUUAGGAGACUUUUUGCAGGAGCCAGUAAAGUCUUAUCUUAUUUACGGCUGGCUGCUUAGUACAUCACAAAACUUAACAACUUUCAUGUACAUGUAUAUCUUGCGACAGGUCGUUUAAUGCAUAAUGAGGUCGCCAUGACCAAGCUUAUUGACCAAGAUGCGUCACUUAGGAGGCUUUCUGCAGGAGCCAGUAAAGUCACUUCAGUAUUUUUCGGAGUGUUCUCAUCACACGCCAUAUGCGUCAGACACUUGAUGUCUUCAAUCAUGGUUCCUUACGUUUGUUUCACCGCAGGUUUAUAAUCAUAUUGUAAUAUGUGCCCUGUUUGACCAAAAUGUUAAUUAUAGGCCUGAAAUUUCAAGGUGACGACUUGGUAGCAUGAGUCUGACAUGCGUUGCCUGUUAUGUGUAUUUAACUCGAUUUCGUAAUUGUUUGUUUUUGAGAAAAGGGCAGAAUUUUGCUAGUUUAUGUGAUUUUGUUGAAGAAGAACAAAUGUGGAUUAAAAAAUCAAAUUUUUAAGGUUUGGUGUAUGGGUUUUUGUCUGUGAAGUAUUUCAAGCUUUCAAUGGUUUGGAAUAUGCAAAAAAUUGGCCAACAGAUACAUGUAUAUCACAGUAGAUAUAAAGUGUACAAACAUUUGACAAAUUUCAAUUCUGAGAUGUUUCAUGAAAACUCAUGAAAAUCUUUUAAAGAUAUGAUUGAUAAACAAGAUGAGGUUGGACCCAUUUGACUGUCAUACUCGAUUACAUAAAGAUCUGUGUAUACAUACAAAUGCAUGUAGUUUUAUAUUUGUCUCCCACAGUGUAUCUAAUUCUCAGAAGAUAUAGAUGUUUUAGUAUUUUAAAUGUUUGACGGCCAUGCAUUAUUGUGAUAAGUUUUGUACAGAUUGAUACAACAUGUAUUUAUCCAAGAAAUAUUUUAUAAAUAAAUGCUAAUUUUAAUAAGUUAA